AUGCUUCUAAGUCUCAUCUUGAUUGCCCAAAAGCGUCGUGUCUUCGACUCUUUGCUGCUGUCUAAACACUGUUGUUCAUAUGGACUUAUUUGGAAGAAAGAUAGUUUCGGUUGUUAUGGUGGGGCUUGCGGUGGUGGGCGGCGUUAUUUGGAAGGUGAGUAUGAGUGUUUCAUCAGCUUAGGCGGAGCAUCCGAUCUAAUGGCUGAAGAUGAAUCAAGAACGGAGAUUAGUAUUAACAACGAAGAAACGGCAGGAUCAAGCUCCAAGCAGGAUAAUAUUCAUCAAGAGAUUAACAAAGAAGAUGAUGGAGGGUGGCUACAAUUGAGUUUAGGAGGCGGUACUCAUGUGCAGUCGACGACGAGUCAUAAUUACCAUAGACCCGACCACCAAAUUUCGUUGGGUCCAAGAUUAGUCGAGCUUGAUCUGUUACCUGGUGGCAGCGGUAGCAGCAGCGGUGGCGGUGAGACUUCCUCACAACAAAUAUUGAUGAGGCCGCUAACUAAUUUAACUGCAGCUCCUCUUCCUAUUCCUCCUCCGCACCAGCACCACCUCGGUUUUCAAGCUCCAGAUUUUCGAGGUUCUCUCCCGACCAUAACAGCAGCCCCAUCGCCGACCUUCUUUUUGCAACAACAUCGGGGGUCGCCUGCUAGUACUACUAUUGAUUCCCUACCCGCCAUCACUUUUAUUCAUCAUGAUCAACAAUACGACAACAAUUUUCUGCCGUUUAGGUCUUAUCCGCUAACGCUUAAUCCUCAUCUAUCUUCAUCCCCAUCGUUUUCUGCUUCUUUGGAGCAACCACCAGCUUCAGGUUCUUAUCAAGGCCGACCACUCCAUUUCCACGGUGGCAUAGAUGUUACCGGACCACCACCCCGUAUCGAUUUACGAGUCGUGGAUCCACCCAGAAGACCUCAUUCUGGUGUUUGGUUUAUUCUUCAAGCAUCGCAAAACCAAACAAAAGAACCUUAUUUGCCUCAAGUACCGAAGAGCUACCUUAGAAUCAAGGAUGGAAGGAUGACCGUUCGAUUGUUAAUCAAGUAUUUGGUUAAUAAACUCAAACUGGAGAGCGAAUUUGAGAAAGAAAAGGUUGGGGAUUGUGGAAAUAGUCCAAAGGAGGAAAUCAUCCAAACCUGCAAGAAUAUGGUUGAUGAAAGAAACAUGAGAACAAAUUCGAAUGGACUGAAACUGUCUAUAUAUAGUGUUAAUCUUUUUCUCGAUCAGUAA